AGUGUUUGACUUGACGCAGCUUUCUUUCAGGUACACAGUAAAGCGUGGCUGCAGCUCCUCCCCCGACCUGAAUGAAGACAAGCUAGGCAGUCCUCCAUACCGCUAACUAAGCUGCGGAACCGCGGGUGGGAAACAGUCCGCUACUCGGCAGUUGUAGCUCGAAGCUGAGGUGCGGCAUCAGGACGGAGGCCUUUCUUCUCGAUAACCGGGACCUUGGAAACUGCAGCCGAGACAGCUUACAAGAACAGGCACAAGUUUACAGUUAGCUUAACUUAACGUUAGCUAGUUGCGUCGUUUGAUAGCUAACGCUAACUAGCUUGUCUCAUUGGUAUUCGACGUCAGUUUCAAAACAAAGCCCGCAAACCGAGAAGUUCAGACUCAGCUGUCACCACCAGAACACCUUGCUACAAGAUAACCUAGAGAGCUUUUAUCUAUCAAUCUGACGGUUUUAAUCUUCGCCGUGUAUACACUCAGUAAAUGGCUAGUUAACCCCAUUUUGCUGACGUUAAGGCUAAGUUAAAGAAGCAGUCUGCAGGUUUAAAUCAGAGGCUUUUGGUUUCAUCGGAUCCUACUGCAAGUUAGCGUUAUAGUCCUUUUACGUGAACCGAUAAAAUCACGUGAAAGUGUCACCAAAGCUUGGAUUUAAAUGUCAGAAAAGAGUUCAUCGUCCGGUUCGGAUGAAGAUGUGGAUCCCGAAUCUGGACAGCCCGUGGAGCUGGGAGGCGUUUUAAGCAAGGUAAUGUAAGGUGAACCAAUUUGAAUGUGUCUAAAAAUGCACAUCUUGUCCUUUUUAGAUAUAAGCAAUGAGCUGCAAAUGCUGAGUUCCUGAAUUCACGCCAUUUGCGAGGUUAUGUCAGUUGUUAGUUCAGUCUUUAAUGUCUACCUCUUGUGUGUUUGCAGUGGACAAAUUACAUCCACGGAUGGCAGGACAGAUGGGUCGUGCUGAAAAACAAUACUUUGAGCUACUACAAGUCAGAGGAUGAGCGGGAGUAUGGCUGCAGGGGGUCCCUGUGCCUUAGCAAGGCUGUCAUUACAGUAAGUACUCAGCAUUGUUUUAGGACCAAACAUCACUUUGCUACUGUGUGUCUCACCAAUAAAAAGACUCCACACCUUCAUAUUCCAGGGAGGAGGGUUUCAUUACAUGAGGACCAUGACAGGGCUUGUUUUCUGCAUCAGGGAUUUUAGGAAUCGUCUGUGUGAUUCGAUCAAGUUUUUCUCCAUCUGACGCAUAGAGUUGAACUUAAAGUUGUCCAAUCCACAUUCCUCAAGAGUAGAUGGGCAAACAUUAACAGGUUAUUAAAAUCAAAGGGGCGGCCUGCACCUGAGCAGACCAAGGCAUUCUUGUUCUAGAAACUAUUUGAGAACAUUUUAUACCUUUCAUCCAUAGCAGUAAGUGCACAAACUUCAAACAACAUGUAUUUCCUAUAUUUUAAGAUGUAUGAGGCAACUAUAAGACAGUCUCCCUGGCCUCUUGUUGGUACGCUUGGAAUUGAAAUCCAGUACCCUGGUUAAAUAUUCACUCUUCAUUUUGAGCAUUCCACUAACCAAGUACAGAGGCCAAACAAAUGGUUUUGCUGCGAUUUGUGCAAUAGGAUUAUAUGACUCAAAACAGGAUUAAAACCACAACAUGAGAGAUUACAGUUAGUUCCCUCUCGUGAGAGUGUUCAUUUGAGCGAGUGUUACACCAGUUCCUGUGUUUGUGCUGACCAGCGUGGAAUCCUUCAAGACAUCCAGGGUUUUUUUUCUAACUGUGCAAGAGUACUCUCUGUGUACAUAGUUUUGAUACACAUGUUCUGUAAUAAUAUGAGCAGUAUGGUCUCUACUUGCUGCCGCUCCUCUGUUCCAAAAUAUCUAAAGCCAGUGGUAUGAGGACUCAGGAAUGCAGAAGCAAGCCCCUGCUUUGCUUUUUGCCUAACAUCCAUCUGUUACACACUGUGAGGCUGAAUAUGAACACCAGACUGCUGUCUAUAGGAGAUUUCACCGCCUAGUCUAUCUAUAAAUCGCCAUAGAAAUAAGAACUAAUUAAAUUCUCUUUUGGCGAUGAUGACCGUCAGUGCUUGAUAACCUUCUCUGUCCGACAGUAAAGGUGCCACAGAAAAAGCCAGUGUAGCAUGGAUGCUCAGUAGUGCUUACGCAAGGGGAAGGAGAUUCUUCCAGGCCAAAUGAAAGAGUUAUAAACUGGAUUGUAAAGCAGAGGUUUAUGGGUUGUGUCUGAUACAGUACAGUGAGAUAAACUGGAUUUCUGAAACGGCAACAUGCCUGGAUGCACUUGAGGUCGGCAUUGCUGCACAGCUCUCUUUCAACAGGAUUGUUUGAAGUAUUUUUGAUUUUGUACCUGUCUUAGGCUAUAGUGUUGCUAACUAAAGGGAAAACUGUGACAAGCAAGAGACAAUAUUCACCUCUGUGUGAUCCCACAUAGGCAAAUUUUGAAACAAAUUCGGGUUUUAACGUGUAAAUGCGUCAUUGCAUAAAGUUACGCAGACUGAUGCUUUAUAUGUAGAGCUGAAGUCAUGGGCCUGUUGUCUGUUGCAGCAAAUAAAUCAGCACAUGAGUAACGUUCAGCAAAUGUAAUUAGGCUUGUGCGACGUGAGGUUAUGUCAGCUGACAGAGGAGCUUCAGUCUUGGAACUGUGCCACUGAGGGGAGAAAAAAAACACGAGAAGGGGAUUCAAGUCAGCUAUACCUUGUAUUUAAUCGGGAACCUUUUGCAGAGCAGAUCUCUUCAGCUGAGUACAGUGGUCAAAUUCCAAUCUCAGAGGAAACGAGGGAAUUCUUUGCUGCACGUGUCUGGGUGUUUGAGGCGGUCAGUAGUUGGAGUUGGGUGGGGUGCAUUGUAGAACGGGGGAGUGAAAUAGUUGUAACAAUUUGGCCCAAAAGCAGAAGGAAAGGUUCUGAUGUCCCAGGUUCAGGCACAGGAAUGCCGAAAGAAUGUGUGUUUUUGUACACUUCUGUCUGCUGUGGUCGUUUAGGGUUGCGCCUGCAGAGCUAAGACAUCAGUUUCUAAUUAAAAUGCCUGUUUAGUGUGCAGCAAAAGCUUCUCUGUGACUGAUGAAACCCAUGUGUGACCAGAAUCUGUCAUAUCUUGUCAGCAAAUGUCAUAAACAGAGAAACAAUAGUAGAAACACUUCAGCGUAAUGUUUAUACCAUGAUUUUAUCGGUGAGGAGGAAAAUGUUUCACAGAUUUUUUCGUAAGUUUGUUAUAGUAUGUCCUCACAUGACUCAGACACCUCGCCCAGCGCCUAUUUAUGAGCCCUCUCCUCUUUCCCUGCAGCCUCAUGAGUUUGACGAGUGCCGUUUUGACAUCAGUGUGAAUGACAGCGUUUGGUACCUAAGAGCCGAGGAUCCUGAGCACAGACUCCAGUGGAUUGAGUCAAUAGAGCUGCACAAGGUGAGUAGAAAGAGUCUCUCUUCUCCCAAACAGUUCUCUUGCUUGCAUCUUUCCACACUUAAGUUUGUUUGUCAUAGAGAUUGUCUUGUGGUUAAGUCAUUCAAGGGGAUUUUGCUUUUCUGUGUCAGCAAGUCAUCUGUAGUACUCCAACAGCAAAACAGUACUCCGUAUGCCUGAAUCCAGUCCCUGAUGAGCCUGUGUUCCUUGGAUUUGUGUGAUGUUUGUCGAGAGUCUGAACAGAUUUUCUGAUGUUGUCCUGUGUGAGAUCCUCAGGUCAUUGAAAGCAUUAGUUUAUUUUUUCUCUUUGGCUUGCUUAGUCUGUCACUCAAAGUUAUUAUUCUCAUAUUUUAGAUUGUUAGGUUCAAUUUUGGGUCAGCGUGUUUUGCAGAACAGACAGGGAAUUGUCUGUUUAGUUCAGGGAGCUGGGUGUGGCAGAGAUUCAGGGGUUGAGAUACACAGAAGGCAUACACAUAUAUACCUCCCUCCCCCCGGGAAUGUGAGGAAUCUGAGGAGUGAGGUGAUGAUGUGGGGGUAUCCCCUGUCACCAGAUAACAGGCAGCUGCUAGUAAAAGAUGCCUUUUUGUCAAUGUAAAGUGUAUGAAAUAAAGUAGAGUUGCAAUUAUUCAGCUUGAAUUUGACAAUCCCUAAGCAAGAUUGUACUUAACUCUGUGUUUCUUUUUACUGUUUACUUCACUAUUUAUUGAUUUGCUCACACAGUGAACAAAUGUUGUCUACAGAGAUGCAUGAAAAAGGACAAUCUCUUUAUACUGAGUGAACAAAAAAGUAAAGAGUCAGAUUGGAAGUCAAAAUUGUAAACACUACAAAUACACAAGACAUCUAAUUCUAUAUUUUAUUAAUACCACCCAUGUUGUUUUUCUUGCUUAUUUGCAUUUUAAGUCUAAAAUCACUGUAGUCACUGGAACGAAAAUAUCACUAUACCGUCAGUUGUCAUUAGGCCUGCUUCUCUACUAAAAGGUGGUUCUGUUCUUGCCACCGGGUGCUGGCAUGCUAAUUGAGUGAGAGUGACUGUAGGUCUUUAGUCCAUUAACAACAGCAUGAGAGUUUUCAAGGUAAUGUCUGAAUUGUGACCCAUAGUAACCUCAGAGAGCUUAGUACAGCAGUUCUAUGUCUGCACUGCCUCCAAGUGGUCAGAGAAGGACCUAUAUCAUGCAGUCUGGGUUAAUGUAUGGAUGAAGAUUUAGUUAAGCCUACUGUAAGAUAGUCUCAGUUUCCAGCAAAGUGCAAACACUGACCGCUCUGAAACUAAAAAUAUAUAUAUUGAAAGUUAACAUUUGAUCCCUCUGCUGAAAGUCAUUGUAUCCUGCUAACUGUCUUGAAGCAUUAAGUUUCAUAACCCUAAUCCAUAUUUGUUAUCAGUCUUGUAGCUUGCUGUGUAGACUCUUUCACUGGUUAUGAAACAGUCAAGAUUUAUUACUUAAUGUGCCUCUUUAAUCGUCCUUUGCUUUUAGUUAUUCUGAGUGCCUGUCACUGCCUGAUCGUAGUGUCAUUUUGUCUGAUCUUGAUGUAGCAACUAUUGGCACAAAGUCUGGAGAGUCUAGUUUGUACAAGACCAGUUUUGUAUGAAAUGUAUGUCAGCUUUAUAAAAAGAUCCUGAGAGAUUUACCCACACCAAAUUUUGCACACAAUAAAUGUUACAGUUACAAUUUCAAUUCGCAGAUGGUAUUUUCCAAAGUGGUGUAUAUUUGAGAGUAAGUACAACACAAGCAAAGAUCUAGUCCCAAUGAAACAACAUGGAGAGUGCUAAAAGGUAAUGCACAGUAUGUUGUUGUUUUACUUUAUUGUGUUACCAUCACAACAGUAGCCAAUAAAUAAUUGUUAUUAACAUGAAAACCCAACUGCAUCAUUAUCAGCAUCAUAAGCAACAUUAUCUACAGUCCCAUCAUCUCAAGCACCAAACUGCCAAGUGCAGAGUUGUUGUUCUCUAAAGAAGAAAGAGACUGUGUGGAUCAAAAGUUGUUGUAUCCUUCUCUGCCAAUAUGGGCUGUAAAGGAGAAGAGCUGUGCUUAAGUGUGCUGGUGUUCCUGAAAGAGUUGAGUCUUUGGUUCUGUCUUAAAAAUUAGGGCGGACUCUGCAGAUUUAUUAGAGUUGGAUAACUGCAAAGAUAUGAAAGCAGAACACUUGUUGGAUUACAACCUUCUACUUAAAGGUGCUGUGAGAAACUUUGAGUUUGUGUCGAAUUUGGUGGUCCUCCAACUGCAUGUUAUGACUUUGCUGAUCUUGUUGAAGACAUGCAAGAAAUGGUAUUUUCUGACAAAACAAAGUAUCAUCCCAUUUAGGGAUGUCACGAUCUGGUAUUGAUAUCAGUCUGAUAUCAGCAAAAAUGGAAUAUCAGAUAUCGGCCUGCAUCUAAGGCUGUGUUCACACUGCAGGUCAAUUCUGAUUUUAUAACCAUAUGUGACACAUAUCUGAUUUUUUCAUGAAAGUGUGAACAGUGCAAUUUUUUCAAAUCCUACCCAGGCCUCUUUUGUAUGUGGAUAUAAAUCCGAUAUGUAUCUGAUGUGACUGCAUUGUGGACACUCAGGUCGCGUUCAUCCGACCUUUACGUCAUCAGUAUGCGACAAACGUCACCAUUGUCCGACAACACAAACAGGCGUGGAAAGCAAUUUGUGCUUUGUGCACAUGCAGGUCACUUCACGGACGCAUUCCGUUCAAAUUAGAUGCCGCAUUCGUUGUUGUCAUGUGAACGACCGCACAAAAAGAUCGGAUUUAACAAAAAAAUCCGAAUUGUGCAUCAUAACCUGCAGUAUGAAUGUAGCCUAAGAUCUCAGAUAUCAGCACUAAUACAAACAGUCCUCGACCUCGCAGUGCCCGGAUCCAGCAUGCAGAGCCCAUGUAAUCACAACAACAGUGUGUACCAAAGUACUAACCAAGUAACAAGGAGUAGGAGUGAUGUCGGGAUGUUGGCUGAGUGGCAGUAUUUCUCGUCUGAUUCUGAAAAUGACUUUGCAGCUGAAUGCAAAACUUGUCAUUCACAAGGUUGUGCUAAUAUCGGAUCAAUAUCGGUAUUGGCCGGUACUGAAGGCUGCAAUAUCUGUAUUGUAUCAGAAGUAAAAAAGUUGUAAACCUGCUCUCUCUUUAACAGUCAAACGUGUCACUCAUUUCAGUGAUUUGGUCUUAAAAAGUGUGAAGUGAAGCCAUUUCUUGAGCAUGCUGUCAGUCAUCUGGUCUGGUAACUUCCCCCUUGCAGCAGUAUUACAAAGACAGUAUAGAAACUGACAAUAAUAAUAUUAACAAAAACAUUACAGAUUUUAAUUUCUAAUCUAAUGUCAUUAAACUUUUCAGUCUUGUUGCUGGUUGUAACAUUUGUGAGGCACCAAUAUCAAUUUCAGUUAAUCUCACAACCUGCUGAAAACUCCUCAUGAGUGCUUUAAAGGAUCAAGUAGAUGUUGGUUUCUACAAGAGAGUGAAAAAGACGUAGUUCACAUUCAAACUAAAUAACAUUUCACUUUCAGAAGUCUUUGUUGUGGGAUUACAUAUUGUGUUGUUUUAUUAUCCACCUCUAAAUGUGCUUUGCAAAAGGUGCAAUGAAUCUGAGUUGCAGCUCUGAGAUGCCUUUUCACAGUCUAACAGCCACCAUGAAAAAUAGUCAUAUUAUCAAUAUGUUAUACUAUGGUGAAUAAGGGCUUUUUUUUUUUUUUUUUUUUUUUUUUCAGGGCCAUUUGUGUUUUUAUGUGUAGGUGUGUUUGUGUUGGUGGAAAAAGUCGUGCUAACCACGGGGACGUUAAGUGGUGCUCUUGAUGAAUAAUUCAGGUUUUUUGUUGCAUGUUCAUACGGCAACAAAAUCAAGAGGGACACAUCAAACUCUGGAUCCUACUGAGAGGGCCGUCUCACUGUGUUCGAUUUAGAGGGGUGAUGGGGGGGAAAGGAGGAGGAAACCCUCUUUAUUGUAGUCAUAGUCAGUCUGUCACAUCUGCAGGCUUGUUGGUGACACAGUCUGAACUCUGUUGAUCUGGAUCAGGCAUUAGCAAAUCAAUAUGAGAAAGGAUCGUAGGAGAAUAAGGCAGAAUUGAAACAGAAGACCCUGGAAAAUGUUGUUCCCUGCCUCCUACUCUCUGUCUUUCUGUCACUCUCUCUCUCUUUCUCUCUCUCUCUUUCUCUCUCUCUCUUUCUCUCUCUCUCAUAACAUACAGUGGGCUGCUUCACUCGCCCACAUAUUUGGUACUUAAAUGCUGUAUCGCACAAACAGCUCCAGACAGCCUGGGACGCUUGGUCUGUAAUGCAUGCAAGCAUUCAUUCAUGCACCCAUUCUUACACCUCUCUUGCCCUAACUUACAGACACACACAAACCGUGGCUCGCUCGGUGAUGGAUGCUGGACAUAGAGUCGGACAGGAUGAAAAGGUUUCACAUAUCCGGGUGUGUGGUCUGUAAGAGUGUAGUACUCAUACGCGUGUGUCUUAAAUCCAUGUGUGUUUCUGCGGUAGAGCUGAUUGACUGGAAGCAGACGUGCUCCACUCUGCAGAGGAAGCACAAGACUCAUCCUUUUUUCUCCGUCUGCCUCAUGGAACAUUUAGAGUCUGCCUCUCCUCUGGUUGCUAGAGAGCAAAUGACAUUUUCUUCUUCCUCCUUUCGCUCAGUCAUUGCAGCUGUCUUCCACUUGAUGUGCUAAGCAGAGCCUGUAUGGCUUUUCUUCCCCAUCUCUUCCUCUUCCCUUUUGUUCCUCAGUGAGGUGUGUCCGGGGAAACUGGAGUACUGGAUUUAAGCUCCUCAAUUGUCAGAGCAGUGGGAGUGUUGGGGGAGCGUCAGGUCCAUGUUGGGGGCAGCUAAUCGUCUGGAUUGCAGCAGUGUCCUGCUCUGCCUUGGGUGUUGGAAUGGCCGAAUGGUGGGCUUAUAGCAUGUUGGCAUGCUGCUUGCUUGCGUCUGCUUUCUUCACAUAAGUCUUAAGUGGCAUGAAAUAAUUGUGGUGCAACCAAUGGAAAAGAGAGUCCAUACUUUCUUUUAUUUAUGGAUUUUAUAAAUUAAUAUUUUCUGUUUGCAUGCAUUUCAUACAAUAUAUCUCAUCACUGAUGGGCUCCAGUGAACUCCAGUGCAUGUUAGUAAUUAUAAAAAUAUUAUGAAACGUGAAUAAUUCAGAGUUCAGACUGAAAAGAGUUGGACUGCAUGGCUUUUUGCUGGAUUGAAAGGAUAAUUCGUUGAAUUGUCUUUAGCAGCAAUAUGUUUGGAUGCAUAGAACUCACAUAUGCUAUGUUCAGUAACCAAACCUAACCUCAUCCAGUUGCCAUCCCAAAGCUCUUCCAUAUAACACCAUUUGCCGAGUAUGAGAGGGUGUGACAUUUGCUUGGCUGUGCUCUGGAGCUGACCAGUUGCAUUCAGAUUACAAUCUCUGCUUUGCCUCCUUGUCUUUGCUUGAACAAAAUACAACACCUCUACCGUUUUGCAACUCUUCGGUGAAAACAAUGCAGAGAGCACAUUAGAUUGUUUUGCGGUAACAUUACAAGAAUAGCCUUUCGCCAGGAGCGCUUUUUGUUGAAUGUUUAUCCACUUGUGUAUCUGCCAAAACUGUUGUGCUCAGCUGUUUGGAGUGGAGGUGAUGCCAAAAGUUCAACCUGAAGUAAACAUUAACACAUGUGUGUUUGCUCGAGGACUUAAUGUGUUUAAGUGUCCAAAAAAAUAUUACAAAUCCAGUUGAUGUUUACAGCAGAGAUGUGGUUUUUAUUAGACAGAUGCAGUUACUAAGAAAGCAGUAAAGACUAAAAAGAAGCAUAAAACAAAAGUCCUAUUCAAGUAAAGUUUCAAAGUAGUUAUUGAUGUUAAUUGUUUAGUUAUUGUCUGUGACACACUGCUGCUGAAGCACUUUGUGAACCUCAAGCCAAAGUCUCAAAAAGUAUUGACUUUCAUGUAAAACUCAAAAUAACAAACCUUACAUGCCGAACAUCCUCUUUGUUGAUCGGGACGGGGAAAUGUUUUCUAUUUUUAAAAGAAACUGCAGUGCAGCAGAGCAACCACUCGGCUACAGCCCAGCCUGACGCAAGCUACGAAGAUGUUUUGAAUUUGACCGUUAGAUUAAUUUUAACUGUAUUUAAGCUACAUUUAGCCAAACUUGUAAACAUUUUCCUGUUAGUUUCAACUGUUUUAAUUCUUUUUAUCCCUAAUCUAACGCUCGUGAACCUAUUUUAGACUGGGUUAGGUCACUUUUCUGGCUACAGCUAUCAUGUUUUUGUAAUACAGAAUUUCGAUUGGCAUUUAUCUUUGUCCACAAUACAACACAAUUCUCUGCCCAAUAUCAGUUUUUAAAGCAAGGAGUCCAUUAAAUCCACCGAAACUGCAGCUAGUAGACAUGUCUGUGCAAAUGAGAGUUAACUGUUUUACCCCGCUAACGUUAAUCUUAGCAACCUUAGGGUUAUAAAAGCAAACAGUUAGACUUAAUUCUCUGUCUCCUGGUCUUGAACAGAGGAUGAAUCAGCCCCGCUGUCUGUUCACCAGCAGUCACAGUCGAUUCUCUCCGCCUGUCAUCCUGUUGGAGUUGAUGUAACAGCCACUGGGGUUUAUGUGGGCUUUCUCUUGAGUUUCUUACCUGACUGCCUCUUCACUUUCCCAUUGUUCUUGGAAAAAAUGCCUCUAUUUGUGAGUUAAGGAAAUCCAUUUUUACACUGUUGAAAAAGUUUAGUUUGGAGAAAAUAUAAAAAGUACAACCACAGUCUGAAGCCGUUACUCAACCACAACAAAUCAAUGAAGACUUUUAGCAAUUUAGCAUAUUGUCUCACCAUCUUAUCACUGCUCCUGAUGAAUAAGUGUAAGUGUCUGUUGAUGUAACUCUCAUAUGAAGUGGAUAACGUUGUUUGUCACACAACAGCGCUGGUUUAUGCAUGCAAAUUUUACUUCAAAUCCUUUAUUGAAUUCUGUUGCUGUGUGAAGUUGGCACUCCCAGAUUUUGCUCAACCAUACGUUUACUGGAGCAUUUGUGGUCAGAGCCUCACCCUGAUGCCUUCUCGUAAAGUAGAUCUGUUAUACAAUGCCUUUUAAACAAGUAGAUUUUAUCUUCCACCAUGUAGUUGUGGUAUUUUUGUCAAGAAAACUAUUCACGCCUAGUUUUGUUCACUCUGGGAUCAACUGUUGUUCACUUCAGCUGUUACACAACCAAGGAGUAUCAGGUCUGCUGGAAGAUUGUAUGCAUGCCUCUGUUUGUCAUCCCUAGUCCCUUACAAAAGACUGUUUGUCUAUGUAGGUGUAGGGCCUGCUGUGGUCAAGCUCAGCAUUACUCAGUGCUACAGACUGCAGGUUUUUUAUGAGCUGCAGACUUUAAGUUUGAUUCCUCAGAUUGUCGGAUAGCUUUGUGCACUCUCUGGUCUUCAUUUUCCUUCUCUUGUCUUCACCUCACUGCUAUUUUCCCCUCUCUGUCAUCACCUUUUAUAAUACCCUCUCUCUUUCUUUUGAUCCCCAGGCCGAGUCUGGCUACGGUUCAGAAACCAGUCUUCGGCGUCAUGGUUCCAUGUUGUCCCUCACCUCUGCAGCCAGUGCCUUGUCUGCGACAUCUACAUCCUCGUUUAAGGUAAAAAAUCACAAUCACCAGAGAGUUUGAUGAUAUUGAGCCACAGCAGAUCAUGUUCAACUGUCCCUUAUUGCCAUAUCUGAUGUAUAUUAUUAGGGCCCAACCAAUAUGGAUUUUUUUGGGGCCGAUGCCGAUACCGAUUAUUACCGAUUACCGAUUUUUUUAUUACAUUAUAAAAAAAAAAAAAUAUAUAUAUAUAUAUAUAUAUAUAUAUAUAUAUAUACUGUAGAUAUAUUGUACCUAUAUUGUAGGUUACUGCUCUUCACGCCGACAGGAAGACCGAGUGAUCACCCCCCCACCGAUCGGUGCCUCCGCGUCUUAACUCACGUUACUCAUUUCCGGUCCGGUCUCAUCUUGGGACAUGCAUCUGCCUCAGUAAGAGAAGUAGCUCGUUCACAUAAUGUGUACUAUUGUUUAUUCUACCGUUACUGGCACGGCUAACAGUGUAGCAAGGCUAAUAGCAGAUGGCUAACUCUAACUUUAGCUUGCAUAUUACAUGGUGCUUCACUGUUAACUCGGCGAGACCUAGACCAGCACAGCGGGGGACAUCAUGAAGUGGGUUGAACUGAAACUUGUUGACUUAUUGUGUAUUUCACAAAGUAGUUUAUUUACCGCUGAGACGGACCACUCUCCUCUGUGCGUCCCUGUCCCUGCCUGCUUCAGAUCCGUCACUCUGCUGUGCUGUGAGGUAGUUAGUGGAUGAAGAUUGUCAUGAGGUCGCUGCGCCAUCUACAGGAUAAGUCAGGGAACUUUUCAAAUGGCGGAACAUUUUCGAAGUGAAACCAAAUCUCCGCAUUUUAUUUCUGAAAAUAUCGGCGAAAAUCAGCGAGUUUUGACCGAUUACCAAUUAGUCUUAAGCGGGCUAAAAUUUGCUGAUUUAAUCAGCUCGCCGAUAAAUCGAUCGGGCCCUAAUAUCAAUACAUACAAAUGAAAACUGAAUAGCUUCAGUCCAGUUAAGUUGUAAUUAUUUCAGCUGUUUGUGUUAGAUGUACUUUUUUAUCCUGACUCCUGUAACUGAAACAAGAAACAUGAUAUCAGUAUUUCCCCUGACUUCUUCUUAAUUGUCUUUCUCCUUUUGCUCAGAAGGGACACAGGUUGCGUGAGAAGCUAGCAGAAAUGGAAACCUUCCGAGACAUUCUUUGCAGACAGGUGGACACCCUGCAGAAAUACUUUGACUCCUGCGCCGAUGCCGUCUCCAAGGAUGAAUUUCAGAGAGACAGAGGUAAUUAACGGCAUGAAUACAGCUGUAAGAAGCCCGUGUCACAUCAGGGUUUAGUUAAACAAUAGAGAAAACAAUCUAAAAAAAGGAGUGGUGUGGCCAUGGCAUGAGACAUUGGUCUUUGUACUUCCUGGAAAGGGAAAAUAUUGUUAAAUGUAGAGCUACUUGACCUGGUUUAUUGUGAGGGUGAAGGAGAGUGGUUAGAAUUAAUCAAAAUUCAUCUAGAAGGGACUUGAUAGUACGAUGGAUAUCUGAGCAAGAACAUUUUAUUGUAUUAAAUCCCUUAAAUCUGUUAUAUAACCUUGUAGCUUCAUUAAUGAUGCAUUAAGCACUGAAUAAAUGCUGCAAUACACAGUAAACAAUAAUCCAGAAGAAAGUGUAGUAACUGGCUCAUGAAACUCUUGAAAUGUGGAUGCUUGACUUUCCUGUCGAACAGGUUUUUAAAGUCGUUCUGCUGAGAAUCUGCUUGUGUCCGUGAUAACGUAUUAUCUGACUGCACGAGUAGAAAAUCAAAAAAAUGUGAACAAUGUCAUUGUGUCCUCAACAGAAGAAGAGGAGGAUGAAGAUGACUUUUCCACUACAACAAGGCCUGACAGUGAAUAUAAUCACAACAACAACGGCAGCAAAGAGAAAUGUGAGUUUUCUUGAAGAUGCUGUGCGACUAUUCAGAGCUGUGUUUGAACAUAUCUGAGUAAAAGUACAUUUUGAUCGCUUGGUAUUUUAUCAGAUUCAGUUUAUUUCAGGAUAGGGUGGAAUGUCUGUUUUUAAUCACUCCCCGAUCUUUGCUCAGCUGAUGUAUAUAGCGUCACCUCGAUUAUCACUCUGUUUUUGUCUGUUUCAGUGUUUCCUCCCACUAGUCCCAAAGGCAUGAACGGGAUAGACUUCAAGGGUGAGGCGAUCACUUUUAAGGCCACUACAGCGGGAAUCCUCUCCACUCUGUCUCACUGCAUCGAACUGAUGGUCAAACGAGAAGACAGCUGGCAAAAGAGACUCGACAAGGUACAGCCCUGCUCUUCAAACUGCGUGAUUAUACUGUCUGUCACUCCUGUGUCCAUAGCGACAUGUAAGUAAUGAUAAUAAUUCAUGUGGAUGGACGUGUCAUCAGCUGCUACUGCACGGAGGCACCACAGGCUUUGGAGCUAAUUGCUGCCUCCAGAUCAUGAUGUUGCAACACUGGGCUGUCUGAUUGUUUAACCAACACUAAAGUGUGUUGAAACAGAAAGGUAUUCAUGUUGAUGUACGAGUGUGGUAAAUGUUGUAGCGCUAUGUAAAUUCAAAUAAUAAUUAUUGUUAUUAUUAAAAGGUGUAACAGUUUUGAAACAGCAAAUAUUUAUACGACGGGGGUGACACCAGAGUGGUUUUUACAGGUAUUACUCACUAGUUGUUCAAAAAACAAUGAAUGAACAGGUUCAACAGGCCGCGCUCCUCCGUUUUCACUUUUGGUUGUUUAAGAUAUGACAUGGGUAUAUGUUUAAGUUUCAGCGUGUUUGUCAUUUUUGCUUAAAGACGCCUUAAUCGGAGUCUGUCUCGUUAGAAAAGUAUGGGUGUCUACAUCAGAGGUGUUUCUAGAAAGACAGUCAAUCAUUUGGUACAAGUGUAAACCAAGUUUGUGAUUUUCAGAAUUGAAAACUUUGUGAAAUAAGAAAGAAGAAUAUCUUGGAGAAGUGAUUUUGAUUGUUCUGUAGCAGGCUCAUGUAAAUAUGGAGGUCAAUCAGCAUCAACAGAUAAAACUUGAAUGUUUCAUAAUAGUCCAGCCUGCAUAAACACACCUGUUGACCUGGACUUUGACUCUUUAAAUGGCCAGAGUUUCCUUCACGUCUCUGUCAUCCACUGAUUGUGCCUUGUUUCAACAACAAUGUGUGUCUCUUGAAAUGUGCUCUUCAGAGCUCCUCAUGGUGAUCAGUCAAUGUUGCCAAACAGGUUUUUCUUUUUUUUUUUUCCUGUGUGAAGGCGUGCUGCCCAGCCCGGAAAACUAACUAAAGCCGAGAAGUGUUUUCAGUUGGCAGGAGUGCUGGAGUGAUACUACCUCAAUCUUAUCUAAGUUUUCUUAUGUACGUGAACUUAAGCUGCUGAUGUGGAGGAAAGAGACAGGAACGGCCUCAGAACACACACUCAAAGGAGAAUUACUCGCCUGCUGAGACCGGGAUUAUACAGAUAGUGAAUUGGACAAAAUGACUUCUCGGACGUCGUGGUGCAAUUUACUAAGACCUUCACUACACAAGGGGACAGAGCUGCUCAAACACCAAACACAGAAAUCACAAAAAUGGAUACCUCUUCAGACCUGCAGUCCCGUCUUCACAGUAGGUUUCUGUCUGACGGUGAAGUGAACACACACAGAGCCGACAAAGGGAUCAGCUGACAAUGAUACACGUCCACGCCUGACAUUUUUUAGUGUCUUAGUCUCACCCUGUCUGUUUUAUUUUCCUGUAUUACUGUUGAUUUUCUGUUCUUUUCUAACCAUAAUCUGUAUCGUUUUAGUUUGUGUUUUUCCUCUGAAAUGUGAAGGUGUUUGUGAGUUGUUGUUUAAUGGUUUCAUGGUACCUAAUAACAUUAUUACCUUUUUGAUUAAUUUGCCGUUUCAAACAGACUCAAAGUUCCGGCUCUCUUAAGUUCCUGUGUUUCUUCUAAAGAGGAUGAUCGGAGCUGUAAGAGUAGUCUGUUGUGUAUUUGCCUCUGGCAGGGAAUGACAGAUUAUGUAAAACCUGUUUGAGUGCUCAGGCACUCACUGCUGAAUGAAGUGGUGGGUUGGCCCCAUUGUUUGACCUUUAUUUUCCUCCCUUUUAUUCGCUCCUCUUUGAGCUGUGAUCUGAUGAAAGGAUGUUGUCACUGGGAAUGAUGGUUUCCUGAAAUAUUAACAAUGAACUCUUUUUUGUUUCUGUCUAAAUAUGGAGCUGAUCUCUCUUGAAAGCAGCACAGAUAUUUCAAUGGGUGUUCCCGCUUAAAUGAUGCUGUUUAUCAAUCGUGUCAUGUACGUGUACUAACCACACCACAUCUAUCCUUCUGUUCAGGAGCUAGAAAAGAGGAGGAGGGUAGAAGAUGCCUACAAGUCUGCAAUGAAUGAGCUCAAGAAAAAGUCGCACUACGGAGGCCCUGACUAUGAGGCAAGAUGAGACACAGUUACAUAAAUUUGUUACCCACAACUAGGGCUGGGCGUUAAAACGAUUAUGAGAUAUAUCAAAAAUUUAUUUCACUCUAUAUCGAUAUGAAGUAUGGUCAAUAUGCUUUUCGAUAGCAAGUAUUCUGCCAUGUUUGGUAGACUAUACAAAUAGCCAGUGAAAAGAGGAGUUGUUCCAGGUCCACGCCGAGCUGGACUGACCAUUCAGUCCGCUUCUUCUAGCGCAACGCCUUAUGACAAAAUGUCGAAGAGACACAAAGACCUCAUAGAUGCAUUAGCUUAUUGUAUUGCAAAAGACAUGCUACCAAUAAGCACUGUUAAGAGAAUCAGGGUAUAUUUAAGAUUGACAAGUGAUUUUUAUAUAUCGUGAUAAACUUUUUCCCAUGUCGCCCAGCCCUACACACAAGAUGAUUUCUUUAGUAUCUCUAAGUUUUUGCUUUUUUAUAUAAACUACUCCCUCUUCAGUGCUGUUACACCCAGAGGCUUAAAUUGAUUAUAACAUUUGCUUUCCACAGGAAGGACCCAACAGUCUGAUCAAUGAGGACGAGUUCUUCGAUGCCGUGGAAGCUGCUCUGGAUAGACAAGACAAGAUCGAGGAGCAGGUAGAUCUAAAGCUGGGCUCUUUGUGCACGAUCAUAGAUAUCCAUCAAUGCUAAACAGAGCAUUAAGAUUCCUCCACUGUCCACCCUUUCACUGCUCCUAUCCUCCAUCUAAACCACGCCUCGGCUAAACUUUAGAUACAUCUUUUCACACAGAUGUUGUCUUUCUCUGAAACUCCCACUCUUUGUCCCUCAGUGCCAGUCGGAGAAAGUGAGGAUACCUCGACUGACUCCAGUGCCUCCUGGAGACGCCUACUCCACAAUCGGUACACACCGAUAUGCCACCAAGGUGCUCGAUAGAUUUCUUACCUCCUCUGUAAUGUACAUUCAGGUUCAUUCCCCUCUUGUUCUAAUAUAAGCUUAUUGAGCGCUGCUGUUUGUCAUGUCUCAUUCUUCCUGUCUUCAACCACUCUGGUCAGUCUGUAAAGCUCUGCAGGUGCAGCUUGUGUGCUCAUACUUGAAUAACAUGGUCAUUGUGUCCAUUCUUAAUCAUGAAAUCAGUGUGUGCUGCUUACUGCUGUAAUUUAAGAGGUUAUAUAACAUCUCCUUAUGAGUGCUACUACCUCAGUAGGUCUUUAUGGUGCCCUGUGGACUCUUUCUGUUUUGUUCCUUAUUCUUUUCUCUUUCAAUCUUCCUUCCUGCCGUACAGCCGCAUAGCCAUUCUUCUUCACUGUCCUCCGUUGAGCUAGUCAGUGCAUCGGAUGACAUUCACAGGUUCAGCACACAGGUACUGUAUUUGAUCGACAGCACCUGUUUCUGCAGGGUUAUGCAAACGCCUUCUGCCCCCCUAGUGUAGCAAAAGAGAGCAUGAUCCAGUCCUCACCUAACCAUCCUAACCGAACCAUCCUAACCAGUCACUCCAGGAUUCUGUUAAGACUUUGUGUACGUCUAGAAGCAUGUGCUAGUAGGUUUUAUGUUUUUAUGUCAUUUGAUGCUUGAAGAAAAAAGAUAAGAGAAGAAACUUAAACACUGAUUAGAAAAAAAAAUCCAUACUGCAUGUCCUGGAUCUAGGGUAACCUCUUCAUUUCCGUUACUUCACAUCACUUCUCCACAGCAUGAGCAAGCUUGACUCCAGACCGACUCUGCAUGUGUCCUGAAAGCAUUCUUCGGAUGUCAGGAAACAAGCCCCAAAGCAGGGUUGAGUGUUUGAUAUUGACACGGCUACUGCUUUAGGGCUAUUGUGUUUUCUUCUGGAAUUCCUCAGAUUUUGCGAGAGCCUUAGUUUCACCUGUUUGUCUUCUUUAUGACUUUAUCAAAACUUGUUAUGAAAUAUGAGCACAGGUGCCAGGUCCGUCGAUUGCUCAAGUCUAUAAAUUAUUAAGCCCAAUACAACGAACUUUCCUGUUUCAGGUCCUCGUGUAGGCAAGUAAAGAGACUUAAAAAAAAAUGUUCAACUGGAGAAUUGAAUCGAUGUCUGUCUGUGUCUCAGGUGGAGGAGAUGGUGCAGAAUCAUAUGACUUACUCUCUUCAGGAUGUGGGCGGAGAUGCCAACUGGCAGCUGGUAAUAGAAGAAGGAGAGAUGAAGGUGAGCUCAGAGGAGCGAAGAAGCUCAUGAAUAAUUUCCCUUGAUCUCCGGUGGUGAAUACAUAAUUCUUAUUCGCUGUUAAAGACCCGUUAUUGUAGAAGAAUUGCAGAAAGAGCAGAAUCAAAAUAUCCAUUUUAAAAGAUAAAUUUGUCAGAAUUUUUGAAAGUUGUACUCCUUUAGUUUAUUUAUACUAAAAUCAGCUCCUGCCAUACUCUGCACGAGGAUACAUAAGCCUUUGUGAUGUAGCGCAGACAAUAAUAUGUUUUACAGUCUGGAUCUGUGGUUUUAAUCUGUGUCACAGGUGUACAGGAGAGAAGUAGAGGAGAACGGUAUCGUCCUGGAUCCUCUCAAAGCCACACAUGCAGUGAAGGGGGUGACAGGACAUGAGGUCUGCCACUACUUCUGGGACACAGCUGUGCGGUUGGACUGGGAAAGUGAGUUCACAACUUCAGAGGUCUACAUCUUAAAUAUUCAGAGUUUGACCUUUUUUGAUUUCAUGUCAUGACCCUUCUUCAUUUUAUCUCCUGCAGCCACCAUUGAAAACUUCAACGUCGUAGAAACACUUUCGGACAAUGCGGUCAUUGUUUAUCAGACACACAAGGUAAGUUGAGUUGAAGUUGCUGUUAGACGCUGCUGCAGCACAGUAGAUCAGUGAUACUGUGCUGCUUGUUUGAUGUCCCGCUGAAAGCCUCUGGUUGUGUGUUGCAGAGAGUGUGGCCGGCAUCGCAGAGAGACGUUCUCUACCUGUCCGCCAUCAGGAAGAUCUUGGCAACGAAUGAAAAUGACCCUGACACAUGGCUGGUCUGCAACUUCUCUGUGGAUCAUGACAAUGCCGCUGUAAGAUGACAGUUUUGGAUGUUUUUAGUGGAUCAGAAACUGUUUGAUAAACAUGCUGCCGUGCAUAUUUAUACACAUUAGAAAUCACAGAUAAUUAAUUCAUUCUCUUAAAAAUGACCCUUAGUCAAUCAGAAAUGUAUUGCAGCAAAGAAUAAGUAAAAGUAAAGAAUAGUUUCAGACCUCUUUACCUUGUUUACUUACUUUUUAUUGACUUCAGUGGUAUUUUUAGCAGUUUGGAAAUAGUUUGCAUUUAUGUUUUGGUGUCUUUUUCAGCCUACAAACCGCUGUGUUCGUGCCAAAAUCAAUGUUGCCAUGAUCUGCCAAACUCUGGUUAGUCCACCAGAGGGUGACAAAGAGAUCAGCAGAGACAACAUACUUUGUAAAAUCACCUACGUUGCCAACGGUAAGUUUCUCCUCAGCUUAGAAGAUCUCAGUGUACAUACACGGUAAGAUUUAGUUGCCAACAGGACAGAAGGUCUCUGUUAUUGUCAAUAUGACAGUAAUCUGCCUACCUGUGAACCUUUUACAUCAACAUUCAACCACCAGUAAAUGAGAAGGAAAUGUUAUACUGAGCAAAUUCUCUCAGGGUCAAAGCAUCUUUUCUGGUCAGCACACAGUUAAAGCAAAUCCAAGUUCAAAAUGUCAAAGUGACAGAAAAUUGUCAUACAAGCUCAAUAAAUGUAGUUGUGACAUAUAACAGCUGAUGGAUACAGACUUACUGAGACAUAAAAAGGUGGUUGAAAACUUUGGCAUAUAGCUUACUUUCUACAAAUGAAAAGGGUGGAUUUGGUUAAUCUGGUGUUAAUGGAUCAAUUUUUUACAAAACAAGAAUAAUAAGUACUCUUGUUGUUGUUUUUCCACCUCACUGGGUUCACUUUGAGUAACUCGUUUUACCCCCUGCUUGUGUCACCUUGAGUUACACAAUUUUGCAGUCAUAAAGAAUUUAUCAUAAAGCCACAAAUAAAGAAAUCUGAGCCAUUUAUAAAUCAACAAACAACUAGAAGUACAUCUUGCUUCUCACUAGAGGGCGCCCUUGACUGCUGUCUGUUCAUAAUAAAAUCACUGUGGGUUUAUGGGUUUAUCUUCCCUCAAAGAUUUGCAUUUCCUCAUAGUCUUCUCUUUAAUUUUAUCGUCUGGCUGCAGUCAACCCAGGAGGUUGGGCUCCGGCCUCAGUCCUCAGAGCCGUGGCCAAGAGAGAGUAUCCCAAGUUCCUUAAACGCUUCACCUCCUACGUCCAGGAGAAAACUGCUGGGAAGCCCAUCCUCUUCUGAGCACAAACAGGUAACAAGAAACUUCACACAUCUUAUUCAGAAGUUUUAAACUUCUGAGUGACCUUUGAUUAAACCAGGGGUUCUCAACCAGGGGUGGCGCGAGCACAGGGCGGGGGGAUUAUGAGUACAAAGGAGAUGUAGCAGAGUCCCAAGCAGUUAGAAGACUAUAUUUACAGCCUACCUCAGAGGCUCACACACCAAGUACCUUCACUAGAUUACGCACAGGCACGCACACACAUAGAGCAGCGAUCUGAAGUAAACAUCGCUAUUAACUGUAUAAACUUCAUCACCAGAGUCUCCUUCAUUAACACACCUGUCUCCUCUCAUACAAACAGACACACCUGUGUUCACAAAGCUACAGCUUUCACAGGAGCUCAUCACACCACACCACUGUUUAACGGAGAUCUGAUAUUAAAUAAAGGAGGAAACGUGACCUGAUAUCUGUCCACCACACAUCUGAGCAGAGACAAAACUGAUCAAACCUUCAGGAAAAAUUCCUACCUUCACUCUGGCGUCUCAAACAGUCAGCAUGAGCAGUCAUCCAGCUCCAACAGUUUAAUAAUCCACAGAUAUUAUUCCUGUUUACAUCCACGGUCAUUUGCAUUGUGUGAAAAAAAAGUUUGCGCUCGCUUUAGCUUCAGGUGUCCUGAUAGAGGCCGACAGGAGGAGCAUCUCAUUUCAACUGCAGGUUGAGAACCCCUGGGUUAAACCUUUAGUGGAUGUGUUGUCUCAGCAGUAAAAAAAGACCAGAAUGAUGUGGUUAAAUUUGGAGAUCAAUUUUUCUACACCUCUUCUUCUUCUUCUUGUUUCAGGCUCCGGGUGACCGAGGUUGCCUUUUUGGGGACUGCAUUGUUUAUGCCUCUCACUGAUUACAUGACCCAUUUACCAGUCGAUAAGAAUGUGCUUUCAAUCUUCCUACAUGCUGGACACCCAAUCAUUCAGGACAUCCCCCAGGAUACCUGUUCGUAGGAGGGACUGGUUUUAUGGCUUUAAUCCAUCAGUAGUUAUCAUCCCAGCCUCAUUUUAAUGGCCUAACAACCAUCAGUCGGUCAUGAGUACAUUUGUAUGUAAAUUCAAGAGUUUCCGAAGUGUUUUUUUCAAUUGUUGUUUCCAAUUAUUUGCUUUUUUGUAAAUUUUUUUGUACAUUUCUUAUGAUUACAUACUUCUUGACUUUUGUGGGUUUGCUUUAAUCACUAGUAUUACAGCUACUUGUGUUGCUGCUGCUAAAGUAACUACCACGAGAGAGAGAGAGAGAGAGAGGGAAGCAGGUCACGGCUGGAAAAGCAUUGGCGAGGCGUGGUACAGUUCCUCCUCUUGCUUGCCUUCUCCUGUCCCUCUAGUGAUGACUGGCUCUGCGGUUUGAUGGAGGGGCGGAGCUAAAAGCUUUGAAAUCUUUAUAUUUCUAGAUUGUUCUGAAGUAGCUUACGGAGAGCACCGUGGACACAAUGUAUUGUACAGAAAAAAGAGAGUAAGUCUUUGGUUAGUUUACCAAAUUGAGAAAUGUGAAUUGACUGUUAAAUGCUUGAAUUCGAUAACAAUAACGGGCCAAGGAAACCUGAAGCGGGACAUAAGGAACAUUUUCUAAGUCAAAUGAGCUCAUGUUGGAGGAUAUUUUGGACACGGUUGAACUGAUAAUCAGUGGUUGGGUAUCUGUGAAGUUGUUAACUGUAGUUUGUCGAUACUAUGUGUUGGCUUUUUUUUACAAAGAUCUGUCCUGAACCGCCGUAUCACACGGUUUCUGACAGGUGUUUGCAAAUGGUCCACUAGUGUCUGAUAUGAGGAUUCCUCUCUUUCAUUGAGAGGUGAGUGGAUACGUUUUGUACACCCUGCAUUGUUUUUCCAUCUUUAUCAGCUCUCGAUGAGGCAUCAGUGAUGUCUCUUUUAAUGAGCGUCAGGAUCGAAUAUCCUGCUGCUUAGAAGAACCAUGCUUAAUAAAAUCUAGACCCCAAGAUCUACGCUAAAUUGAAGAAAUCAGCAUUUUUUCGCUUGCCACACUACAGUGCAGUGGCCUCCUGCCCUUUGACUGAUGAACUACCCCUAGAAUGCCUUAGACAUCAGGAUGAACCCUAAAUAAUCCUGAUUAUCUUUACUGUACAGCCACCAGAUGUGCAUUUAUCAACACUUUAUGAAGGGCAGGGGGGGAGGGUCAGCAUUUCAUAUCAUCAUACCUCAAGAUUUAAAUUUACUCUAGAUUGUUUGAUGCCAUCAGAAGUUUGGAGUUUUGCGAUCAGUACAUCUGAAUGAAACAUCAGAUUAUUUGGUGUUAGGGAUUUAAGGUUUGGAAGGAUCUGGGAAAACAGUUUUUGCCGAUGAUUUAUAAGAAUUAAAUCUACGAGCAAUGUCAGCUAAAGAAUGCAUUUUAAUUUUGAUAUUUUGUCAGUAAUCUACACACUUUGUAUAUUUCUAAGUUGUACAUCAGAAGUGUUAUUAUUUGCACUAAAUGUAAUGCAAUUUGACAAUGUUCUGUAAAUUAAAAUUGUUACACAACAGAGA